UCAUGCAUUUUCGCUUUCUUUCCUUCCACCGGUAGCAAGUGCCGAAAUCUGCCCAAGUCCUCGCUUUAUGCAACUGAGAGCUGUUGCUGCUAGUAUUGUUUUAGCCGUUCGUUGCCUUCACUGAUAAGCGUUGCUACCCCUCAAUUUCGGAAAAUAUUUUCAUUCCGAGCUACAGUGAAGCAGCCGCCAGUUGAGUGCAUUUUCAACCCCCACCGUCUGUCUACUCACCGAAAGCAUCAGCCAUGGGCCGUAAGUUCUGCGUUGGAGGCAACUGGAAGCUGAAUGGCGACAAGGCCAGCAUCACCGAGCUGUGCAAAACGCUGUCCGCCGGUCCGCUCGAUCCCAACACCGAGGUGGUGGUGGGCUGCCCCGCCCCCUACCUGUCGCUGGCCCGCUCGCUGCUGCCGGAAACGAUCGGAGUGGCCGCCCAGAACUGCUACAAGGUGGCGAAGGGUGCGUUCACCGGCGAGAUUUCGCCCGCCAUGCUGAAGGAUCUUGGCCUUGGCUGGGUCAUCCUGGGUCACUCGGAGCGACGCGCCAUCUUCGGCGAGACCGACGAGCUGAUUGCGGAGAAGGUCGCACACGCCCUUGCCGAGGGGCUGAAGGUCAUCGCUUGCAUCGGCGAGACGCUGCAGGAGCGUGAGGCCGGCCAGACGGAGGCCGUUUGCUUCCGGCAGACGAAGGCCAUCGCCGCCCAGGUCAAGGACUGGAGCAAUGUGGUGAUCGCGUACGAGCCAGUGUGGGCCAUCGGUACCGGCAAGACGGCCACCCCGGAACAGGCGCAGGAAGUGCACGCCGCGCUGCGCAAGUGGUUCACCGAGAACGUGUCCGCCGACGUGUCGAACGCCAUCCGCAUCCAGUACGGUGGUUCGGUGACGGCGGCCAACUGCCGUGAGCUCGCGGCCAAGCCCGACAUUGACGGAUUCCUGGUCGGCGGUGCCUCGCUGAAGCCGGAGUUCAUCCAGAUCGUCAACGCCAGACAGUAGAGUAGAGCGUGCCGCGAUAUCCAGUCAGUAGUGUAGCCGGGGGGCAGCGUUUACGCAAUCCCCCCUCGCCAGUGUCGUCAUGUCUCGUCUUAUCUUAAGUUUCUCAUUACGUUCGUUGUACCCGCACGCGCACUGAACAGGUUGUUACGUUUAAGCAUCCAACCAAACGCAGAGUAAUCUAUUCAAUAAAAGCAUUGUCCCGGUGAAAA